UUAAAACUGCGCAAAUGUAGUAAAGGAUGCAAUGAACUGGAGAACUGCUAUUUUAAAAUUCGCAUAUAGAGUCAAAAAAUACAUAGCAAAUAGGAACAAAAUGAAGAGACGAAGAGAAUCAGUCGCAUUGGUGUACAGGAAAACAACCAAAUUUUUGUCAACGAACACAGGAUUUCUAAUGAGGAAAAUGUCAAACAGGAGGUAUCGGUUGUUAAAAAGAACACAGGACGGCGUCGACCAAAGGGUAGACCACAAUCAAAACAAACAAGAAACAAUUGAUGACAAGGACUUUGGAGAAAGGGAAUUAGAUUACUACCUUGGAGUCAGCACAAAAGAGACUUUCUGGAGAGAUCCAGAAGGAAAAGAACAGAUUAGAAAAGACUUCCUUCUUUAUCACUGUGGAGUAACGGAAGAAGACUACGAAAAGCUUUACAAGAGAACAGUUUUAAAACCGUCUUACGUGAUACAACCGAGACUGAAGCAAGUGCCUUUUAGGAUUCAUAGAAAAAAGCGUAAUAAUCAAAUUAAAAGAGAGGGAGAGUCGUGGUGUGAAAAAACGGGAAUUUUUAAGCUUUUUGGCAAUAGAAGGGACAGUGAGGUUUCUACUUCAGAUAGCUACAGCGAAUGCGAGUCCAGCGAAGACGUCAGAGGAGCUGGAACAAAGAACGACGUAUUUACCAGCGACGUGACUAACAGUUUGAGUGCUCUAAAUCUGGGUGACAAUGAGGUCUGUUAGGAUUAACAAAGCUAUUAUUAUAUUGUAAAAGCACUGAGUAAAAUUAGAUUUCUUUGUCCACAGGGUGUUCGGAUAAAGGAGGUGUCGGAGGGGCGGCCCUGCGACAACUGCCCAGAGUUAUGCCCGGGAUUCAUUCCUCAUGCUUGGAG